AUGGAGGAGAAAACGAGCAGCCAGGACGAUUUCAAGUACGAGGAACUGGCUGAGUUCCUGUACCAGCGGGUACGCGUCCUCAAUUCCUUCGGAUCAGAUGCGCAGCAACCGGCACCUCCGAAGGUGGUCGGCCGCCCGAGUUGGAAGGGCACGAAGGUGAAGUUCGCAGCUAACCCAGCUGCUACGCCCAACCAAGACGCUCCAUGUCGGUUAGCAUGUUCAGACAGCCACUCCCUCCGCAACUGCCCAAUGUUCCUAGGGAAGGAUGUCCGCCAGCGCCGAGAGCUGGUUUCGCAAAAACGGUUGUGUUGGAACUGUCUGAGCUUCGGUCACCCAGCCAGGAAGUGUGUAUCGAAGUUUACGUGUCGUACGUGCCACGAAAGACAUCCGGUUCAACAGCCGCAUUCGUCCAGUUCGGGUUCUGCUCUACCGCAGGUCAGCAUGGUGGUCCAAACCGCAUGCAGUAUGGUUCUACUGGAAACGGUUGUUCUCAACGUUGUUGAUGAUCAUGGCAGGGAACACAAGGCUCGUGCUCUACUAGACUCGGCGUCAAUGUCCAAUUUCAUCUCCGGUCAGUUAGCGAAGGUUAUCCUCAGCCGUCGCACCAAGGUGGACAUUUCGGUCGCAGGAAUCGGUCUCUCAACGCAAAAGAUCCACAGUUCCGUGUCCCAGGAAAGAUUGACCUUCUGGGAACUUCACACCGGUAGGAAGAUCUCGCUCGGUAACGGUCUUCCGUGGGUAGUCGAAACACCAUUCGGAUGGGCGGUCUCUGGUUCCGCGUCCAAUGGAUCUACCUGCAUUCCCCGGAUCUGCAAUCUCUCCAUUACCAAUGAAGAUUUGGAAGCCGCACUUCAGAAGUUUUGGGAGUUAGAAGCGACUGAUCCUGCACACUCACCCGAAGAAAAUCGCUGUGAAGAGUUGUACUCCAGUAUAGUCAAGCAUGAUUCGACUGAAAGAUACGUCGUACGUCUUCCUCACAAUGAAGAUCCAGAAGUCUUCUUGGGGGCCUCCAUAACCAUCGCAGAACACCGUUUUCAUAGCCUAGAGCGCCAUUUGCAACGAGAUCCUGCAAUCAAGGAAUCGUAUCAUCGCUUCCUGGACGAGUACCUACCGCUCGGCCACAUGAAAAUGCUUGACGAGCCUGUAGAUGACGUGAUGGCUCACUGUUAUCUCCCACAUCAUCCCGUGUUCAAGGAUUCGAGCCCCACGACAAAGGUUAGGGUCGUUUUCGACGCGUCCUGUAAGACGGCGUCAGGUUAUUCGCUGAACGACACGCUGUUGGUCGGACCCGUAGUUCAGCAAGAUCUACUCUCCAUCACAGUAACGUACGGAACAGCAAGCGCUCCUUACUUAGCUACUCGUACUCUGCAGCAGAUUGCACAGGAUACCAAGCAGUUGUAUCCAAUCACGAGUGGGCCAGUUACGGAAGACUUCUACGUCGUCGAUUUUCUUUCUGGGGCGCCAGACGUAGAAUCCGCCAUCAAGCUGCGUCGUCAGGUAUCGGCAAUGCUAGCUUCCGCUGGAUUACCGCUCAAGAAAUGGGCAUCGAAUUCUCCUGAAGUUCUUGGGGAUAUACCACCUGAUGAUGUGGCAAUUCAGUCGUUUCACAAUCUUCAGGAUGACCAGGCCGUCUCCACGCUCGGCCUCAUUUGGGAACCGAAGUUGGACAUACUCCGGUUCAAGGUUCAGCUGCCGCUAGCAGCAACUGUCCUGACGAAGCGCAAGGUGAUGUCGUACAUCGCCCAAAUCUUCGACCAUCUCGGACUCGUGGGUCCAACGAUCACCAAGGCCAAACUCUUCAUGCAGCGACUUUGGGCUCUGAAGCAGAAUGGCGAAGCAUGUGAAUGGGACACGCCGCUCCCGUUUCAACUCCAAGAAGAAUGGAAACUGUUCCAUAACACACUACACCUGUUAAGUGAAGUUCGCGUACCCCGCUACAUUUCAAUGCCCGACGCCGUCAGCACCCAGCUUCACUUCUUCUGCGAUGCGUCUGAGCGCGCAUAUGAGACAUGCUGUUACGUCCGAACUGAAGCACACGGCACAGUUUCAGUUCAGUUGCUGGCGUCUAAGUCAAAGAUCCCACUACUGUCCUCCAAUGGCUUCGCGGGAACCCGAGUCGUUGGAAGACUUUCGUCGCAAACCGGGUCUCGCAGAUACAGCUUUCAACCGAUCUCAACCGCUGAAAGCAUGUUCCUGGAGUCGACAAUCCCGCUGACGACGUCCUACCGAGCGGGCCUCUGUGCGAUUUAG